AUGGGGAUAGGAUUGCGAAUGUGGAAAUUCCAAGUGCCAAAUAUGAAGCCCUAUGAUGGAACUUCCGAUCCACAAGAGCACAUUGCAUUAUAUUUGGAGAAGAUGGAGACUGUGCCCAUUCCCUACAACCUGAAGGAAGCCUGUCUAUGCCGGAGCUUUGGCUCCAUAUUGACUUGCUCAGCCUUAAAAUGGCUGCAGAGUUUGCCUCCUCAAUCCAUAAACUCUUUUGCUGAUUUAACUAAUUUGUUUUACAGUCAAAUUUUAUGCAGUAGAACUUUUGAGAAAUUAACUGAUGAUUUAUAUAAAAUUACUCAAAAACAGCAUGAAUCACUUAGAGACUUUAUGACUAGAUUUACUAAAGAAUCUCUUAAUAUUCCUAAAUUAGAUAUGUUAACUGCUAUCCAAGCUUUGCAAAGAGGCCUCCACCCUGGAUCCAAAUUCCAAGAAGACCUUAUAAUGACACCAUGCAGAAACUUGGAUGAGGCAAAGGCUAGAGCAGCGAGAUUCAUUAGACUUGAAGAAAAUGAAUUAACAACAGCAAAACUGGAUGCCUUGUCCUACGAUCGACCAAAUCGUAGGACUGAGACUCCAGUCUUCAAACAAAGGCAUAAACCAUAUACAAGACAUGUUCAGAAUCAAAUCAAUACUGUUGAAGAAGAAGAAGGGAAUGAGUACCCUACAUUAUCGACAUAUUGUUUCACUGUCGGUAUACCUGGCUUUAUAAUGGCAAUGAGAAACCUUGGAGACAAGGUCAGAUGGCCACAAAAGAAAAAUAACGAUGGUUAUUUCAAGAAAAAGGAUACCAGUCAAUGGUGUGCCUACCACAAAGAUUUUGGUCACAUCACUGAAGACUGCAAGAUGCUGAGAAAAGAAAUAUGUAUACUCUUAUCCAAAGGGUAUUUGACGGAGUUAAUGGGUAGAAAGAAGGCUAAAGACGUUAGAGGCAUGGACUUCACCAAACCAAAACCUACCCAGAAGGCAGAUUCUCCACCAGCAAAUGCUAAAGUAAUCAACACCAUUUCUGGAGGAUCAGAAGUUUGUGGAACAAGUUAUUCAGCAGCCAAAAGAUUUGCAAAACAGAAUAAGGCAGAAAAAAGAGAAAAGAACGUGAAGAAAGCUUCUAUCUCGGACUCAGAUAUUAUCUCCUUUGAAGAUGACGACUUUGAUGACAUUAUAGAGCCUCAUCACGAUGGUUUGGUCGUUACUCUCUUUAUUGCUAACCAUUUUGUUCGCAGGAUUCUAAUGGAUAAUGGAAGCUUUGUGAAUAUAAUCAUAUUGGAGACGCUCAAAAGAAUGGACAUCUCUAAAGACAACAUUAUCGGCAAAAUAUCUCCUUUAAUUGGCUUCAGUGGAGAAACCAAAUAUAUUGUGGGAGAAAUUAAGUUAACAGUAUAUGUGGAAUGA